UCACCCUUGUUACCUACGUUCAUCAUCCGCUCCUCUUCAGUCGAGCCAUUUGCCAUUUGCCCUAUUAUUCUUCUGUUAUAUUUGCUUAUAUUCGAGAUGUCUGCCCCAGUUAAAGUGACUCAGUUCGCUGCCGCCGCCUCUCCGGCUUCGGUCAAGGCACAGUCUGCACCCCCCGAGGUGAAGGGUCGUCGGAGAUGUACCACGCAGCGUUCGCCGCUGGGUCGCUUCGCCCCCAUCACUGCAGACUGGGUCUUGAAGAUGAACAAGGAGGGCGGGGACGAUGAUGCGGUUGAAGAUGCCGCGGAUACGUCGAUGAACCAGGUAAGUGCGGAACCCCUGUCUCACCUGACCGCGACACAGGUUAGGUUCAAGUUGAUCGUGUGGGAUGAGGAUGGCGAUGUCGUGAUGGAAGAUACAACCGAACGCACGGAGAUGGAGAUGGAGGCGGAACUCGACAGGGAGUUGGAGCUGGCCUUCUUCUCUCUCGGCCUGAAUUCGGACACUUCGUUCGCGAUCCCCGACGCCGACGAAGACUCGUUCGACGCUGACGAAGACUCGUCCGACGCCGAAGAAGAUUCGUUUGACGCCGACGAAGACUCGUUCGAUACGUCCACGCCUCCGCCAACGUGGGAAGAGCUGAUGGUCUGGGAUGCCGAUGCCGAUGCCGCUGCCGAUGUGGACGCCGCCGACGAGUCUCUCUCUUCCUCGGAGCCGUUCCUGCUCGCGCUUGACUUCUCCCUGUUCCCGGGAACUGAUUUGCCGUCGUUUGCAGACCCGUCGCAGCUCGCGUGCUCGCCGUCGCCGUCGCCGUCGCCGUCGCCGCUAUCGAAGCCUAUCUCUGCCGCCGAGUGGGAUGAGGUCAGGAGCUCGUAUGUGUCCGUGCAUGACUCUUUCAGCAGCCUCGUUUCGUACCCGUCCCUGGAGUAUGGCCUGGACGUGUUCGCGCCUCCUCCACCUCCUCCUCAGUGCGAUUUCAAGAUGUUCAAGCUGGAUUUCAACUGCGAUGUUCCUGAUUAUGUCGUUCCCGAGGUCCUCGACACCUCCAAGGAUGUCGAAGAGGUCGAAGUUUCCAGAGUUUUCGAAGUCGUUGAUGAAUCCUCAGUCGUCGAUGAAUCCUCAGUCGCCGAUGAUCCUCCUCAAGCUAUUGAGGUAGCCCAGACUAAUGCACACCCAGCUGCCGAUGUUGUCGAGUCCGCCGGUGUUCCCGAGUCCGCCGAUUCUACCGAGACCUCCGAUGUCCCCGCCAUUACCGCCCCCGCCGCCCCUCCCGCUGCUGUUCUUCUGCCAAUUCAGCCAGUCGUCGAAUGUGAUAUCGUGAUGGAGGACGACACACAGGUUACCCCUGCCGGACGCGACUGCUUUGAUCUAAUGAUUCGAGACAUCCUAGCCAAAGAUCGAGCUUCCAAGCCGAAGAGGAAGAGAACCAGGAAGCCUAAGCGCGUGACAGUACCAGCUCACCGAAUGAUCCUUUCAGCUCUCCGGGUGAUUCCCAGGACAUUGAGGAUAACAUCGCCUUUGGCAAUGCGUGCGCCGAUUUCUGCUGAGGACUUGGAGGACGAUGAUGAAGAGGAACCGACGCCCGGCGCCAUGUCUCCGACGCUGGCCACCAGUUGGCCAGCUCCUGCCGAGGAGGAGGAUGCGCCCACUCUUGCAUCGACUGCCGGCGAGACGCUCGGCGGCCUCCCGAGUACCACCUCAUCUCUCGACAUCGCUGCGCUCGCACGUGGAUCUUCGACGUCCCGCAAAUCAAGCGGCCUCGGUCUCGGUCGCCCAUCCACCCCGUCCUCGUCUGCGGCCGGCUCCAACUCAACAGACUCGGCCCGCGCCCCGAUCGCCUCGCAGACGUUCACACAGCCGACUACUCCCUCGACAUCGUCUCGCCCCAAGACACGGCAUCCCAGCGUGCGACUCCGGAUCAGCUGCCACAAGCGCUGCUACUACAUGGCCAAGAACGCCGCGCUCAAGAUCAAGGUUGAAAUGCAACGCGUGGGGGGGAUGGCAUCUCCGACAUCAGCAUCUACGGUGACGACUGUGGCUACGACAUCGACAUCGACUGCGGUCCUCUCCAACUUGAAGUUCACGUUUACCUGGCCGCGCGUCCUGGGCUUUGCGGACUGUGUGUAUCGGGUAUGGAACUGGUCGGCCUCGGCAAUCGGGUUGUAGGCAGGGUGGAGGAAAGACGAAGAAAAUCGGAACGAUUGACCCGCGGCGACGAUCCAUUCACUCACUGAAGGGCAACAUUUUUGAAAAUCUAAAAAAAACCGCGGGAUGGAAGCCAUAUUCGGAAGAGAAUGCCAAGAGGAUUCGCUACGGCUGAGCCUCACCUUUCAUGCACGAUUCAUUGCUGACUUGAGUUCUCAACAGUGCCCACGCUCGAGGACUCCUUUUUCUUCUUUUUUGCAGUGACCGGUGCUGAGGCUUGCGGCACGGCAGACGCGACCUAGCCAGUCCGGCGUUGGUGUUUAGCUCGCUUUCGCACAGAGACACGAUCUGACAAGUCGUCCGUCUCUCGUUGAAUUCUGGGGGUGCAUAGUCGCGGGCGUCGGCUCGUGCAGUUUUGCGGGAUCACUUCGAGUUCUGGGGGCUAUCAAAGACGCGACCUGACAAGUCGUCGUCUCGAGCAGUUUUGCGCGAAUUCUGGGGGUUAUCAAAGACACGAUCUGACAAGUCGUCGUCUCAAUGAGUUUUCUGGGCUUUAUUCGGGUUCUGGGGGCUGAAGACACGGCCUGACAAGUCGUCGUCUUGUCCAAUGUGCAGCCUGACAAGCUGCGCGGCGGCACACGAUAUGCAACAGACGCGUCCCAUGGCGUCUCGGCGGUGGCUUUGGCAAGUCGCUGCCAAAACCGACUCGGCUCACUUCGGUGGCCCAGUCGCAAAAAAACCGAAAUCGAGUGUGCAUUGAAUUUGGCUUGGAAUCUGGAUCUGGCAAUCCGGGUGUCCGUUGUGGAGGGUGGUCAAUCUCCCUCUGGAUUAAGCCAGUUAAACGUGCUCUCGAUAUCUGUUUAUGGGCUCAUCUGCAUCGGGACGCCGAUGCAGAUGGGCCCUUUUUUGCGUUCAGUGCGUUCAGCCACGGCCCGAUUAGGAAAUAUCAUCUGCAUAAUGUUUUUUAUAUUAGUUUCCGUGCAACACAGCCUUUGAUCAGAGGACAUCCGAUAACCAGAUUGUGAACGCAUGGACCCAUAAACUCUCGACGCGGUCUAUAAUAAACGAAAAUGCGUUCGUGGAGAAUGCUGAUUCAGACAGACUUGCGUUUGUAUUCGCACGAAUGGGAUUGGAUUACAUGCGCUGUGCCUGUGUGAAAGUGUCUAGACCUCGGCCAAUCUUUACCAUCUGGCUUUACUUUCUCUGACGUACCGACACGACUACGAGCGCCUAUGAAAGUGUUCUAUGUUGUUCAUCCCUUAUGUCAUGGAAGAGAGGCUCGCUGCAUAUGCUUGCAGUGCAGACCGGCCGAGCAAGUCUGAGCAACCAGCAGAUCGCUGGUCGACCCAAACUCUAACUUUAUCUGCGUCGAUUGCGGGGGCCCUGUUCUCCAGGGGGUGGGUCUCCAUCGAUGACUGACUGCUCGACUGAUCCUGUGCGGAUGCUAUACUCACUCAUCUCAUCGAAGGCAAACCGCAUUGCACCGUCACUCCGACGAUAGCAUUUUGGCUAGGGGCUUCUCCGCCGAUGGUGCGCACGUAGCAAGCAGACUGGCGGACUGUAUGAUUCUCCAGCUGCCCGUGCGUGCAUCCUAUCCAGAAGGUCCCCGGUGGCCAUUGACUGCAAAGACACCCUUCUGAUGAUCGACCGAACCUAGCGUGCGAGACGCUCCGAUGCUUGAGGCGAAACAGUCUGAGAUGCCCCGGAGGCAAGCCAGAUUGGCGUGGCUGGGUUCCUUGCGUGCGAUCGAGUUAGGCUUCGCUGACGGGUCCAGUGUUGUCAGAUCGCCGUGUGUUGCGUGUUGCAUGGAGUGCCUGUGCCUGGCCGUGCGGAUAGUAUGCUUCAUCGUCGUCCAGAAACCGUGGCCCGCGUCUCCGCGGGUUUCGUUUGUUUUCCUUGGCCUGACACUGUCCAGUGACGAACCACAGGACACCAGUGCAACUUCCACCCAUCGGCCCGCGUGUCAACCUGCUCGCCGGAGAGAUCUCGUCGGGCCACGGACGUUAUGUAUGUCGUAUGUGAGGAUCCCUGCUUCAAGUUUGGAUGCCGAGUGUCAGGCCGCAUGCGCUUGUUCGAUCGCAUGAUGACAUGGGAGUCCGACCUGCAGUCGUUUCGUUUCGAGCAUUCUCGCGCUGGACGACUGCCUCGCUAAGCUUAUGGGGUCCGUGUCAGGAACCACACAGACGCGACGGACAGCUUCAGAUCUGAUACCUCCGUCCACCCACCCCAAUGCGCUGGACGCCGACCGAGAUUGGUUUCUCUAGAUCUGCUGCCGGGGCCACAUGGUGGGGAUGACGCUGGGGCCGCUGACAGGUGCGAUGCUGGAGCCCGACAUUCUGGAUAAGAUACUCAGCGCGGCUGUCCGAUCGUGCCCAGUGCUCGCAACGUGGGGCCCGGCCAACACCUCGUUUUGAUUCGGGUGUGUGUGGCGCGCACGUGAUGGCGCGUUUCCGGGGCCGUUGUGCAAAACGUGCAUAUAUCCAAGCGGGGGAAGAUCCUGUACCCCCUGUUCAAGCCAUGCCACGCUCAUUCGGACAGACCGCCAUUCCCGUGGGAACGUCGUGUUGGUGUCGGCUCGCUGGGAUUGCAAGAUCUGGAGAGUCAGCUGCGGAGGCGCGCAGCUCGUCUGCUGACCUUGUCCACUCCUGACUCAGCGGACUUCAUCUUUGCCCGCGCGUCCUGUGAUGAAGCCGUCUGCUUGUUUCCUAGGCGUAAUUACACUGGGCCAGACACCAAGUUCUCGUGAUCGCAGGACUGCGGCGGACCGCUGCUCGCUGCUUACUCAGUCUGAUUCUUCACUGUUAUCGCGGCUGGCGCUAUGCUCGUGCUGCGGUCUUUUCCUAUCACGGCUAGCAGAAUUGCUUUGACCGAAGAUGCCUAGCACAUUCUGCACAUGUUUGCUUGCUUUCUGCUCUGCUGCUAACAACGUGACUGCGAUUGCUCUCUCUGGCUUUCUGCUUACGAAGGGCUGCUGACCGCUUGACAGAACUUCAGUCGAUCAACUUAUCAAGUCGUCAUCAACGCCCGGGGUUUCUUCUUUAGGCAACUUUCUGUUUUGCUAAUUUUGCCAGUCCGUGCUGCACAGUUUCGUCGGCGAGACUGCGCAGCAGAGCCAGAAAAGCUUCAACAAGCUCUUUGAUGCGAUUGAGAUCCUUUCCGUGGCGGCAGACCCAUGCACCACGACAGGCAGCAUGCAAUGUCCUUUCUCGAUUUGUGUGGUGCUCGCAACGGGCGAUUGUGGUUCCGCUGAGAACCUGCUUCCGUGACCUGGCACGUAAGCCCCCUUGCCACGGCAGGGGCAGUAGUACGCUGAGACGCCCAGGUCACUCCACUCGGUGGAUCGAUCUUCAGUGGCGCAUAUCUGCUUUUCCACGGCUUUCUGCGUCUCUAUCGCGGGUGGCUCCGUCUACAUCUAGUCCACCAGGGCCAGGCGUCGUUGUGCUCGCUGCGGUGCAGAUUUUGCCGCCUCCACCACCAGUCCGCUCAUCUCCACCCACCGUGCUUCCGAGCCUAAAAGGCGCAUCUUCUCGAACGAUUUUGGUGUUGCUUUCCAGGAUGCGGACUUUACAGGCUCAUCAAAUACGUAUCCUUGCUCAAGAAUGGAUCCGACAGACCGCCUUUUCCAGGAUAGUCCAGCUUUCACGAACGAAAUGGUCUGGAUCCAGUGGCUCGCCCUGGGCCGUGAUCUCUUCCGGACGCACAUUGGUAUCCACUGCUCCAAUGAGACCUGGCAUCAUCAUCGAUACAGCAGCAAGCCGCGUGUUGAGAGAAUGUCACUGAUCAGAACCCGCUUGCCACAAUCGGAUUGCAAGGGGGAUAAAGUUACGAUGAGCCGGGGAUGCGAGGCUUUGUCGACGAGAUAGGGUUCUCGAAGGCAACUGGUGCCUUCUCGGCGCGAGAAUUUCGCUGAAUCGUACAUGGACGUCGGAGGGGAGAUUUUCAAAGUGUUGGGGGACUGGGGAUGUCGCGCUUGGGCACGCGACAGGCUUGACGCUGAUGGCUCGGGGCACGAGGCGUUCUCCCACUUUUCGCGGUGUUGAUCCGAGCGGAGGUAAAUGAGAGCGGGUGAGCGUUGACUAGUCAGUCGUGAGUCAUGGCAACGCGCGGAAAACGCGUCGACUGCUCCAACGGCUCUGCAGGACCAACCAAUCUGACCAAACACAGGUCGGGAGGCCAGGUCUGACUGUUCGGACAGCAAUCACAAUUCGCACAGCAUGCCGUUAACUCCGUCCCGUUUUGCAGCGUUCAAAGCAUGUUUCUCUGCGCGUAUGAGACUGAGACCAAUGUAAACCAGAGCGAUAAACCGAGAUAAGUAAGAUAAUUGAACAUGGGGACCGAGCCCAACCAUGAAGCGUUUGGCGCCAGAAGAUCGAUGAGGUGCCGCUAAACAAAACGUGUUGCCAACUGUUUGCCUUGCAGCCUCCAGCCUCACCACCUUCUUCCAUUCUUCCCUCUUAACCUCACAUCCCACCAUCUCCCUCUCCCCGCUCCCCCACCGCCGAGUUACGACCUCACGUAUAAACUAUCUAUACGCAACCCCAUCUACUUCAAGCUGAUUAUUCUCAUCGUCUUUAUUCCUCGAUCAUUUGGGAAAGGACGGGGCCUUUAAUUAACGGCAUUAACGACUUUUUCAUCCAACGCUCCCGAAUCCAGUCACUCUCACGAACGGCGCGCACGCUUGGCCUGCUACGAAAACGAAGGUGAAUCGUCAUUAGAGAAUAGGCCUCUUGGUGACCAACCAAUCCAUCUACCCGGCCUCGUUUCUAAAAUCUCUCUUUCAAUCCGCCCCAUCCUCAUGUCUGCCCAUAACGACCCUACCAUGACUUCCGAUCCAACCACCGCGAAUCCCAGAUGGCGAUUCAACAAUAAUGGUCAAUUGGUGGACUCCCAGGCUGAAUCAGCCGAAUGGGACCUCGCUGACGAGAUUGUUCGCCUCAAAAUUGGUGAAGUCUCGGCCGAUUCAGAAGAUAUCCCCAUUCGCACGCCCCCAAAGUCAAAGCUUGGCUCGGCGCAGCUUGUAGAAACAAGUCCUCUGGACACGGCAUCCAUCCCGAGUGUCAACUCUUCUCCGCUUGCCUCCGACCACAUCGGCGUUUCGCAUUCGCGCGGCUCCUCGACCGACAGUACGGUCUCUAGCUCGCAAGACUCUGUCGCGAGUAACACUAUGGUGGCGCCAAUCAAGGCCGAAGCGGUGAACGGCGGCAUUGGCGCCGGUGACCUCAAGGAACGCCCCCAUUCGUUCAGCGGCGGGUUGUCCACUGCGGAGUUACGUCGGUUGCAGCAGGUCGAAGAUGCGUCGGAGGGUGUCGAUGGCACUGCCCAACAGUGGGCCUCGAUGCCACAGCAGUUCGCACCCGAACAGCAACCUCUGUACCCUUCGCUUUCCGGAAACGGUGCAGCUGUCCAUCGGCCUCCCCCCUUGGGACCCGCUCAGCUAUACGACUACCGAACCGGAGCCUUGCAGAAUGCGCCUAGUCGCGAGGACCUUCAAAUUGACUACAACAUGCAGUCACAGCAACGCAAUUUCUCCCCGGGAUCCCCAGGGUUCAUGCCCGGACGUCCGAACAGCGGUGUGCCAGGCAUGGCUUAUCGCCAGGCACCUCGAGGGUUCCCACAACCCGGGCUCGUUCCAAGCCCGACUGCGAUGGCGUAUCCCCCCGGCACCCACGGCCCGCACAUGUCACUCGGCAGCUCGCAGCAGCUGUACGAGAUGAUGCUCCCUGGACACGAAUCACACCAUCCGGCUGUCUCCCGUGUCCAGCAGCAGCACAACGUUUUCCAGGGCAGACACCACCACUCGACGUCGGACCCGUCUGCGCUCCGGGAUGCGGCGGCGCUGGCUUUGCUGAACAGCAACAUGCAGGCGUUCAAUGCGAAUAUGUUCCCGGGAGGGAUGCCGCCUCCGGCUGGGAUGCCAAUGUACAACCAGUUCUAUGCUGCGCCAGAGGCCUACGGGCGUCCGGAUGUUGUGACGGCCCAAGCGAUGGCUCGUCUCCAGGCGCAAUACACUGGGCCGUAUGGCAUGCCGCCCUCGAUGGGCAUCCCCACGGAUGGAAGCCUGAGUCCUGUGGGCAGUGCCAAUGGUCAGGGACCGAGCGCCAACAACCGGAAACUGGGGCUUUACAAGACUGAGCUGUGCCGCAGCUGGGAAGAAAAGGGUUCUUGCCGUUACGCGGGCAAAUGCCAGUUUGCUCAUGGGGAGGAAGAGUUGCGAAAUGUUCAGCGUCAUCCCAAGUACAAGACGGAGAUCUGCAGGACCUUCUGGGUUUCGGGGUCGUGCCCCUACGGGAAACGGUGUUGUUUCAUUCACACGGAGCUUCCGCCUUCUGGCGAAUCAGUGCCCCCUCCGCCACACGCUUCUGACGGACGGGCACGAUCCAUGAGCACGAACAGUGAUCCGAAUGAGGGCUCUGUCUCGAUCCUGACACGAAUCAAGCGAGAACCGGUAGCACAGAUGGCCACUCCGACACCGACAGAAGCAACCCCUACUACGGCAUUCGCGUUCUCUCGGCCGGCGACAGGAUCUCUCAGGGUCGACACGUCGGUGGACGGCUCAUCGCUAAAGCAAAACAAGUCCGCCUAUCCGACGUUUGCGAGCAACGGGGUCCUGAUCCAUGCACCGGAGCGCAUCGGUUCGAAGUCGCCUGUGCCCGUGACUGCGGGACCGGAUCUGGGCCGGCACAACAAUGCCAGGAUAGAGAUUGUUGGCUUCAACCAGCGAUCCAAGGCGGCCACUGGAUCCAAUACUGCCGUACGCCCAGGAACUCCCCCGUCGAGCUCUGGCGGCCGGGUCAAUGGACAUGUCAGAGCAGGUUCCGCUGGGAACUGGGGCAGCUUCUCGCGGAGCUCCCACCUCGGCUUUGGUCAGUCCAGCCCGUCGACAGAAGUGGGGUCUUCGCCGUGGUCAACGACUGAGCUUGCCGUGGGAUCGUCGCGGCUGCAUGAGAAGGCCGCCUGGGCUUGAUCAGCUGCCGCUGCUGCUCAAGCUGCAGCGGAGAUUCACCACCGCUGCCUCGAACUGAUUCUGACCUGUCUUCUUGAUUACGACUGCCGCUUGGUUCGGACAUUCUUCUAGCUCUGCUUGCUUUCCGGGCUCUUAUCUCUCGCAUGCAAACAUCGUCCACUCGCAUACAUGUUUUUAUUUCUCAAUCAAUCUCGCGUCGCCAGUUU